UUUCGUUGUAACUCCCUUGCAAAAUUGUAAUCCGCAAAAACCUCUCGCUUUGUAGCUCCCUGUUCUGCCGUCCAAACAUCUCCUGUCCGAUGAUGUCCGCUGGAACCGCCGCUGCCGCCAGGUCCUUCAUUUGCUCCGCCGCAUCUCGAACUGUCAGGAAAGCCAAGUUGGCCGGGGGCCCUAGAGUUAGUCGAUCGACAUGUUCACCGUUUUCGAUCCCGAAGCAGAAUUCAUUCUCUCAUCCCUUGUUCAGGUUGCCUGUGGAAUUGAGCUGUUGUGUGGAAACGAUGCUCCCAUAUCAUACUGCCACUGCUUCCCCAUUGCUCACUUCCAUGCUCUCGGGAUCUUGCCGAUCGUGCGGUUGGAACCCAAAAGAUGGCUGAUUGUUGUUUGUGGGUGAGAUGUAUUGCGACUGCGUUUCAAUGAAUUUGGCCAGACCUGCUUGGAGGGAUUUUGUUUUUUCCUUGUUUAGAUGUGAAAUUUCUCAACCAAAAAAAAAAAAAAACAAAAGAAAAGAAAAACAAAAUAGAGAGGAAUUUCUCAAAACUAACAUGCAUAAGUAUAUUCCAGAGCGUGAUGUAACGCUUGAAAUGAGCGUUCUAUUAUUACAGCCAACAAUUACUAAAUUGGAAUGUGUAUUGUCUGCGAGUGACGAUGAUACUUUCUUGGGAAGCUGCUUUAAAUUAGUAUGGCGGUAUGAGGACCUAGAGACUUGGCGAAUAGCCCUGCUGAUUUUGCAUGAUAUACAAGUUGCUUGGCUCAAGACCUGUUUUGUUGGCUACAGUGUUUGAAUGGAGAUGACUGGGAGCAGGGUGCCCGCCUUUAAAUGGCUUGGCCUACAGUUUCUUUCUUUCUUUCUUUUCCUGUUUCCUUGGACUGGCCAUAGAUGAUAAUGUAAAUAAUCACGCAGAAGUCAGAUUUUCUUAAAUGGUUUGUGUGGCUAGACCUGUUUGGAAUCCCAAGGGUUGGUAGCUUAGUUGCGACUUUCUUUUAGGAUUCAUUUUGUUUAUGAAAAUGCAGAUACAAGGAAAUAAUUUUUCAUUUUCAGAAUGUAAAAUUUUAAAGAGAAGUAUGAGUUUUGUUGAUUCAAUAAACUAGAGUUCAAUUUCGCA